AUGGAAAUACCCAAAUUGCAAGAUGAACUUAGGGUAAAUUUUCCAACUAAAUACACGCAUCAUUGUGCUAUAUAUGUUUUUAUUUCUACGUGUUAUUAUAUGUCAAUAUAUUGAUUUGUGUUAUUGUUAUUGUUAUAUAACGUUAUAAUAUACCUAUAUGCGUAGGCUAUAUCGUGAAAUUAACUCCAAGUAUUUCUUAUUUUUUUUACCAUGGUAACCUUAAGGAAGGAAAUUAAAUUCCCUAGGGCAUGGCAAUCUGUGACUUUAAGAUACUAAUUUAUCAUGCCAAUCUCGUGCCCUAUAAAAAUAGUUAAAAUUUAUUUUAAUCAGUCUUACAAUGUCAUUUAUUCUAGGGUAUAAUCGUGGCUUGGGAAGCAUUUUGUCCCAAUUAUGGCCAGAAAAGAAAACAGCUAAUUUACGACAUCAUUAAGAAAGUUCCACAGUCGUCGGCUCCCAAUCAAGAUCGGUGGAGAGAGGCAGUGGCAAAGUUGGUCCCCGUCAACACUUUAUAUGACAUAAUUUGUCGUCCAUUUUGUUCCUAGGUCCAUGCUAUUGCGAACUACUCGUCGGGGAUUGUGGAACUAAUCACCCUUCUCGUCGCCAAAAAACAAACUACACGAAUUCCCGUUUUGGAUCGUCUACAAAUGGCAGUUUUGGAUCGUCUACAAAUG